CCUUUACCACUAACUUGGUUACAAUUUUCAGUUAAAUCCUAUCACAUAAGGGUAAUUUAGUCUUUUUACCAAUUUAAUUAAACUAAAAUUACCCUCACCCCUCCAUCUCUCUCUCAACUCACACUCAUGCCUCAACCCUCUGGAAAUAAAACCACCACCAUUAACAACAUACCUUUCGAUGAUUCGAUCAUCAUCUUACACUCAGUAUUCACAGUAGUCUCCUGCCCUACUUCUAUAUAAACAAAAAUCACCCUUUAUUGUACUCAUUCACUUCACAGAAGCAUUUCAUCAAACAAUCGUCCACUUAAACUUUCACUAAGAAUUCAUACUGAAGAACCAAAGAAUCGAAUUAAGGCCGGAGCCUGUAAUCGAGGGUUUGGAUCUUGUAGAGAGUUAAGAGAGUCUCCUGCAAAACAGAAAACCGUUAGGCUCGCCGCAGAGAUGGGAGGGCCCCUCUGCGACCACCCUCCGGCGUGAGGAUAAGUAUUUGCUUAGGGAGAGAAAGUAGAGAGAGAAAGUAAGGACGGAGGUUCAGAAAAUCGUACUUGGAUUGUACUUGGGCGAGGUAUUUAUAAUGGUCAACUGGGAUGACGUCAUUCGGUCAGACGCACUUGAAUGGCGAUUCGUCUCCGGAGUUAUGUGUAGGACGGAGCCGAUAUGUCCGUUUUGGGUUCGGAGCUGUUAUGUUUCAUUCGUUCUUCGGUGGGUAAUAUCCGGCCUCGGAUAUGUAUCUUCAAGUCCCCCAGUUUGUUGAGUCUUGAUGGAGACUUGACAAAAUGUUGUAUUAAUGCUUUUGUCACAUUCUGCUGACGUGUCGUAAUCGCAGUGGUCUGCGUUCAUGACGUGGCGUUUUUCGAAUGGUGAUGAGGUGGCGUGGGUGACCUUUGUGAUUCGACCGUCAGUCACCCAUCCGUGACAGCUGUAAAUCCCCUGGCUGAAGUGACGGUUCGAUUUGAUUUCCCCUUAACCGACUUAUUGCCCCUAUAAAUUUACUCUUUACCCUUUCAUUUUUACCUUUUUCUCUUCCCAUUUCUCUUCUCUCCCUGUUAUUUUUUCCUCUUUUAGUUUCUUCUUCUUCAAGGUAAGGUGCGUCCUGUUUUUAUUAUGGCACCUGGUAAAGAUAACAUGUCAGAGAGUGUGAGCCUGCUUACUCAACGCCAGUUGAAUAAGUUCAUCCGUGAAUAUAACAUUCCUUCAGACCUAGAUCCGGUUCUGCCUUCGAAAGACGAAACUGUUUACCCCUUUCGCCGGGGGAAGUUUCCUCUUUAUACCCGUGUUUGCAACUUUGCGAACUAUCGGGUUCCGUUUUCAAGAUUUUUGAUAAGGGUGCUUCAAUUUUUCCGGGUUCACAUUAGUCAAGUGAAUCCGUUCGGCCUGAGCCGCGUGAAUCACUUUGAAAUCUCGUGCAGGGCCCUGGACCAGAAACCGGAUUUGAACGUCUUUCGGUAUUUUUAUGAGUUCAUCACCGCGGGGGAUUGGUAUACAUUUGCCCACCGAAAAGGCAUUCCUUCCCCUUCGUCUGAUGAACGGUCCAGCCUAAAGAAUUGGAAAGAUAACUUUCUUUGGCUGGACGACCGUUGUCUUCUGGAUGAUAUGAGAUGGCGAUUCAAAGAUCAGACGAUGUCCUUUGAUCUCGGUGAAGACUUCGUCUUUAACCGAGAUCUUGCCCGCUCCCUGAUAGAGCACAAGUCCCCGAUCCGCCCCCUUCAUGAACAUUUUCUGUUGUUAAGUCGAGUUUGUUUUAGGUGGAGCCAAGGGGAUAGGGUUUGGCCGGUUAUCCGUAGGAAACGUGAUCGUAAGUUCCGGCCCUUUUCCUUCCCUUUGGCAUUUUCUUUUAAUUUGACUGACUCGUGUUUUCUUGAAAAUGCAGGUACCAUUAUGUCUCUCCUGGACGCUCUGAAGGUUCCUAGCUUCGACGUUCUUGACUUUGAUCUGGAAGAUCAGGUGGAAGGGGAAGUCCCCCUUAUGAAGCAAGUGGCCUCUUCGGCCCAGGAGAUACGUCCUGUCCUUCCCCAAGAUGCGCCGGAACACACUGCCGCGGAGAUUACUUCCUCCAUUCCCCAGAGUACGGCCGAUCAAGAUCAAAGCUCCAUUCCUUGGCAUUUGCACUUGUGAACAAGAACUCUUUCAACUUGCAAAAGCUCUCAAGACUUUCUGGAGCAUUUCUGGACAUCAAGGCCGACUCCAAGUGUUUGCUAGGCUUCAUUAGGACCUUGGUAAUCUUUCAUAUCAUCAUAAUUUCG